GUUAAGUCACUAUUAGUUUUUGAGUCCCUUGAUGUUGAGUCAGCAAAUAGUGAGGAUAUGCCAAAUUUUCCAAGUGAAAAAUUCGGCAACUUUAUGAAAUUGGUUAUUAAAUUGAAUUUGUCAGAUUCAUGUGCGAGUGAAAUACUUCAUUUUUCAAAAAAAAUAGCAUAUGAUAAUAUUAUUUUACCUACCUCAAUACAACAAAGGAAGCAGUGUUUAGACAAAAUUAUAGUGCAACAUAUUUCUUUUAAGAAAGUACCUAUAGUAGAAUAUGAAGGUAAAAUAUACUAUAUUAAUUAUCAUCCAAUUUUUGAUGCUAUUAAAGAAUUGUUAAACAACAAAGAUAUACUUAAUUAUUGUGUCUUUGAGUUUACAUCAUUGUACUACCAAGGGCAACAGAUAUAUUAUGAACAAUUUAAUGAAAAAUAA